UCAAUCCGCUAGACAAGGAUUGGUGCUAUAUCUUUAUUAGCUACCGAAAAUUCUUGUUCAUUCCCUUUCCAUCUCUCUUUCUCUGUUUCUUUCUCAAUUGAACUCGGCGAGAGGAUAAAAAGGGAGAAUUCUAUAAUUUCUUAAAUACAGAUAUAGUUACUGCUUUUCAAUUCAUAUAUAUAUGUACCAUUUUGCAAGAAAGAAACAAAGAAAAAGGUAAUGGAUUCGGUGAUGAACAAGGCAGGUUCAUAUUUGAUUGGUCAGAAAGCCAGCAAGGAGUUUAGUUCCGUAACCAACGACCUUAACAACUUGCAAAACAAUAUUACAGGAGGAACAAAAAAGCUCGUGAACAAAAUUAAAGGGAAAACACAAAGGCCAUUGCCAGAGCUGCUAAAGGAGUAUGACAUUCCAGUAGGCAUUUUCCCUCGCGAGGCAACCAACUACGAGUUUAACGAAGAGACAAAGAAGCUUACUGUCCAUUUUCCGGAGUUAUCUGAAAUUACUUACCGAGAUGCAUCCAUAGUACGGUUCAAUACUACAGUUACUGCACAUUUGGAGAAGGGAAAGCUAAGUGAGAUAGAGGGAAUGAAAACAAAAGUGACGUUCCUUUUUAUAUCAGUUAGUGUAAUCUUGUGUGAACAAACAGAGAUUCAUUUCACUGCUGGGUUGAGGAGAACACGUCCUAGAGCUGUAUAUGACGCCUUCAGGGAUGGAAUUGGGAUAGACAAAUUCUAGUGAGACCAACUAACUUUGAACAUUGAGUUUGUCAUACAAUACUAAUAUGAUAUUCUAUCGGUAAUUUUUUUGGGAGAAUUGAUUUUAUAGGACAUUUAUAAUUUUUUUUUUCACUUAGUUUAUUCUUUUUAUGAGAGAUCUGUUUUACAUAAAAGUUUUGCACUUUCUUUCUUGUCCAUGUAAUGGUUGUAACUACAAGUUUAUAUUGAUAAUUUGAGUUCAGAUUUCAGCUAGUA